UUGCUAUGCCACCGCCAUUGCAUCGCAUGGUUUCGAACAUGAAUUUAAAGAUUUAUUUGUUUGCAAUUGAAUAAUAACUGCGGAUCUUCUUAAUUUUAGUGCAAGCUAUUGAUAACAAUCUACUAUUUGGUGUCUUAAUAUUCCUUACAUUUGUAGCAGGUUUGUAUAAUUCUUGAAUAAGUGGUAAAUACCACAAAAUACACAAUGGAAGAAGACAAAAAGGUUAUGUUUCAUGAAAUGGAAUUGGAUGAUAGAAUACUAAAGGCCAUAUCUUUACUGGCGUGGCCCCAUCCAACACUGAUUCAAGAAACAGCGAUUCCACUCCUUUUGGAAGGCAAAGACGUACUCAUAAGAGCCAGAACUGGUUCCGGAAAGACAGCAGCUUUUGCAAUACCUGUUAUUCAGAAGAUAUUGAAUUUAAAGAAUACAAGUACACAUCAAUGUAUACGAGCACUAAUAUUGUCUCCUAGUAAGGAGUUAUGUGGACAGAUUACAUCAGUAAUUGGUGAUUUAACCCUCAAAUGUGCUAGAGAGGUCCGUUGUAUAGAUAUAUCAUCUAGUGGAGAUAUGCAAAUACAAAAGUCCCUGUUAUCAGAUAAACCAGACAUAGUUGUGGCGACACCUUCAAGAGCAUUGGCACAUUUAAAAGCAAAAAACAUGAGGUUAAAAGAAGAUCUGUCUAUGUUGGUUGUGGAUGAAGCUGAUUUAGUGUUUUCAUUUGGUUAUGAAGAUGAAAUUAAAGAACUCUUAAGUUAUUUGCCAAAAAUCUACCAAGCAGUUCUCGCUUCAGCCACAUUGUCAGAUGAUGUAUUGAGCUUGAAGAAAAUUGUACUCCGGAAUCCGGUGACAUUGAAACUUGAGGAACCAGAACUAGCACCAUCAUCUCAACUCCAACAUUACCAUUUAUUUGCUGAAGAGGAUGAUAAGGCAGCAAUAUUAUAUGCACUUUUAAAGUUGAACCUUAUCAGAGGGAAGAGCAUAAUUUUUGUGAGAACAGUAGAUAGGUGUUACAAAUUGAAGUUAUAUUUAGAACAGUUUAAAAUAGGUUCCUGUGUAUUAAACUCAGAGUUACCAGCUGCGGUCAGAUGUCUGUCUGUAGAUCAAUUCAAUAGAGGUAGAUAUCAAAUUAUUGUGGCAUCCGAUGAGAAAGCUUUGGAGAAACCUGAUGGAGGAUUACUGGGUCCUGAUGAAUGGGGAAAGAAAAAUAAGCAAAAAUCAAAACGCAAAAAGGAUAAAGAGUCAGGCGUGUCACGUGGUAUUGACUUCCAGCAUGUCUCGAAUGUUAUCAACUUUGACUUUCCUCUGGAUGUGAACUCUUAUGUGCAUAGAGCGGGCAGAACUGCUAGAGGUAACAACCAGGGUUCAGUACUAUCUUUUGUAUCACUUCGUGAGAAAACACUCAUGGAUGCGGUUGAAGAACAUUUGUCUAAGGGUUUUAAUGGAGAAAAAGUUAUACAGAAAUACGAGUUUGCAUUAGAAGAAGUGGAAGGAUUCAGAUACAGGUCACGUGACGCGUGGCGCGCUGUGACGCGUAUUGCUGUGCGAGAGGCGAGGCUCAAGGAGAUCAAACAGGAACUACUUAAUUGCAAGAAGUUACAGGGAUACUUUGAAGAGAAUCCAACUGAUCUUGCAGCGUUACGGAGAGAUAAGGCGCUACAUACAGUAAGAUUGCAGCCGCAGCUUGCUCAUGUGCCAGAGUACUUAUUACCAGCGGCACUGAGAAAUGACACUCCUGAACCUGAUGCUGACCAGCCUCCGGAACCUACCAAGAAGAGGAAACACAAACAAACCAACUUCGGCAGCGCUAAAAGGCAUAGAUAUCAAGCACGACAGAGUGAUCCUCUACGCAGCUUUGCACUGAACAAUAUUAAGAAAACAACCACAGCGAGCGAUACAUAGCACCUUUGCGCGUCGGUGCUUUGGGUGCGUCGUAUGGGUUAGUUGUCGGGAUGUCGGUUAGUACUGAGAUAUGGCGUCAUUUCGACAAAUAUAUUGUUUUC